AUCUUCAAAGUUGCAAUAAACAAUUAUCUCUUAUACUUAUAGGGUUACAAUGACAGAUCACCUAUUUAAUCUCCAAUAAGUGCCUACUCAAGCUUACAAGAUGCCACCCUACAAAAACCCCCCUUGGGGCUUACGCUGGCGCUCCAACACCCUCUUCAUCAUCGCCACCGUCGCCAUCGGCCUUUUCACAGACCUGUUCCUCUACGGCCUCGUCGUCCCCGUCCUACCCUUUAUGCUGCGGAACCGCCUGGCCAUCCCGGAGGAGGAGAUCCAAUCCUACGUGUCCAACCUCUUGGCAGCUUAUGCGGGCGCUUCCGUCCUCUCGUCCUUGCCGGCCGGGUGGAUUGCCGACCGGACCAAGUCCCGCCAGGCCCCCUUUCUCAGUGGCCUUGCAGCCCUGCUUGCGGCUACGGUGCUGCUCGCGUUCGGCCAGAGCAUAGCCGUGCUGUUCCUCGCUAGGGUCCUGCAGGGCAUCAGUGCCGCGGUGGUGUGGACGAUUGGUCUCGCCAUGAUUCUGGAUACCGUCGGCCCCGAAAAUUUAGGCAAAGUCGUCGGUUCCAUCUUCUCCUUCAUAUCCAUAGGCGAACUAAUGGCCCCGGUGAUUGGCGGCGUGCUGUACGAAAAGACGGGUUACUCGGGCGUCUUCGGGGUGGCUGCCGGCGUGCUGGGACUAGACUUCCUCAUGCGCUUGGUCAUGAUUGAGAAGAAGACUGCUGCUAGGUAUCUCGAUCUUCCGGUUUCGGGUUCUCGUGGUGGGUUGCAAAGUGCGAAUGGCGUAGAGGGGAACGCGAGGGGCAAUGAAGAAGUCGGUGGCGACCAUAAUGAACCUGCUACCGAACAUGACGCUCUAUUACCGAAUAAGAGGCGAGACAACGAUGACGACUUUUACAAGAUACGCCAUGAACCAAAUCGUAUUGUUCGAGUACUCCCUUUGCUUGUGUGUUUCAAGGACCCUAGGCUACUUGCCGGUCUAAGUGUCGCCUUCGUCCAGGCUUCCCUCCUUGCCCUCUUCGACGCCACCAUCCCGACAGAGGCUCAAAGUCUCUUUGGCUUUACGUCUCUCCAAGCUGGUCUCUUAUUCAUCGCGCUGGAUGUACCCUACCUUGUGCUAGGGCCCAUUGCAGGAUGGGCAGUGGACCGAUACGGCACCAAAAUGGCUGCAGUCAUCGGAUUCGGAUAUCUGGUUCCUGUUCUCAUCCUCCUGAGACUACCCUCAGAUAACCCGCUACCCGGAAACUCCAAUAUCAUUCUAUACUGCGCACUGCUGGCAUUGAACGGUAUAGGGCUAGCCAUCAUUGGCUCUCCUAGUGUAGUCGAAUCAAGCGACGUGGUGCGCAAGUUCGAGAAGGCCAAUCCCGGAUUCUUCGGUACCAAUGGCCCUUACGCUCAACUUUACGGCUUCAACUCCCUCUUUUUCUGUGCGGGACUCACUGUAGGCCCCCUCGUGGCGGGAGCGCUACGCGAUGGCAUAGGAUAUGGUAACAUGAACCUUGUAUUUGGCAUUGUGGCAGCCAUCACCGCUAUCAUGUCAUUUUUGGUCAUUGGCGGAAAGCCGCGCAAGGAUCUUUUUCAAAGAAUCUUCCGGAGGGACAGGUGAGGUGAUUGUUGGGAUAAACUACCGGGCGUUUGAAAACAUUACAUCGUGCAUUACCAAUGGAAACAUGGGUCGGAUUAGCAAAAGAACUAUUCCUAGAUAGAGCAUAUAGAGAGGGGAUAUUAUAAAAGCUGGUACCUAUGUAAGAAUUAUAGACUAGGAAUCGCAUCACAUCAUACCCUAAAAAUGGGGCAAUUCGCACCAUCGAAGAUAGACCAUCACGACAUACCGAUCAAUGUAAUUCGGCCUCAUUUAGACCGGUUUACAAUCCCGCUGCGGUAUGAGGUGGUGUCACUUAGAUCUAGGCCGUGCCAAGACAAAAAAAUCGAAGUUGCGAUAUAUCCGGCUCCGAGCACGUAAGCACGACAAAGAAAACAA